AUGGCUGAGCAGCUGGUCCUUCGCGGCACCCUCGAGGGUCACAAUGGCUGGGUUACUUCCCUGGCUACCUCUUUGGAGAACCCCAACAUGCUGCUCUCUGGCAGUCGCGACAAGUCCCUGAUCAUCUGGAACCUUACCCGCGACGAGCAGGCCUACGGUUACCCCAAGCGCAGCCUCCAGGGUCACUCUCACAUCGUCUCUGACUGUGUGAUCUCCUCUGACGGUGCCUACGCUCUUUCCGCCUCGUGGGACAAGUCCCUCCGUCUCUGGGAGCUCGCCAGCGGUGCCACCACCCGCACCUUCGUCGGCCACAACAACGACGUCCUUUCCGUCUCUUUCUCCGCCGACAACCGCCAGAUUGUCUCCGGUUCUCGUGACCGUUCCAUCAAGCUCUGGAACACCUUGGGUGACUGCAAGUACACCAUCACCGACAAGGGCCACACCGAGUGGGUUUCUUGCGUGCGCUUCAGCCCCAACCCCCAGAACCCCGUCAUCGUCUCUGCUGGCUGGGACAAGCUUGUCAAGGUCUGGGAGCUCGCUUCCUGCCGUCUCCAGACCGACCACAUUGGUCACACCGGUUACAUCAACACCGUCACCAUCUCCCCCGACGGCUCUCUCUGCGCCUCCGGUGGCAAGGACGGUACCACCAUGCUCUGGGACCUUAACGAGUCCAAGCACCUCUACUCUCUCCACGCCGGCGAUGAGAUCCACGCCCUCGUCUUUUCCCCCAACCGUUACUGGCUCUGCGCUGCCACCGCCACCAGCAUCACCAUCUUCGACCUCGAGAAGAAGAGCAAGGUCGAUGAGCUCAAGCCCGAGUACAUCGAGAAGGGCAAGAAGAGCCGUGAGCCCGAGUGUGUUUCCUUGGCCUGGAGCGCUGACGGCCAGACUCUCUUCGCUGGUUACACCGACAACAAGAUCCGUGCUUGGGGUGUUAUGUCGAGGGCAUAG